AAUUGUGACGGACACAACCACACAGGGAUAGGUAAAAAGGCUAUAUAAGAAGAAAUAUGUUGAAGACCAAACACCAAAUAACAACAAAAGGGUUGCUUCUCUGAUUGUCUAUUUCUCUUUUGGUUGGUUGCUUUUGAUAUCUAUAGCUAGCUUCCAGUUCAGUGAUUCUGCAAUCACCUUCACCCAAUUUCUCCAAUCAUCAUGUCUUCUUCCAACAGACACUGGCCAAACAUGUUCAAAUCCAAGCCUUGCAAUAAUCCCCAUAACCAAUGGCAGCAUGACAUCAACUCCUCUAUAGUUUCCACCGGAGGAUACCAAAGAAGCCCUUAUGCUUCAGGAGGUGAAGAGAGAACUCCAGAACCAAAGCCAAGAUGGAACCCAAAACCGGAGCAAAUCCGCAUUCUGGAAGCCAUCUUCAAUUCUGGGAUGGUGAAUCCCCCAAGGGAUGAGAUAAGGAAGAUACGGGUGCAGUUGCAAGAGUAUGGCCAAGUGGGUGAUGCCAAUGUCUUCUACUGGUUCCAGAACCGUAAGUCCAGGAGCAAGCACAUGCUCCGCCACUUCCAAAACUCGAUGAACCAAAACCAUAAUGCAGAAGCACAACAACAACAGAAGGUUGAUGCUUCUUCUCUCUCUCAGACCACACCACCUUCUUCCUCAUCCUCUUCAUCUGACAAAUCAUCUUCAAAGGAAUUAGCAUACCCUAUUGGAUUCUCCUUUGGCUUCUCAAAUGUCAAUGAUGUUGCAGUGCCUAAUUCUCCCGCUGCUUCUGUGAAUCAGACUUAUUUUCAGCCUCAUAACCACAUUGACAACAAUUUGCUACCACAAGCUACUGAGCCUUUUUCCUUUACCAUGCACAACAAUAAUGUGCAAGGUGUAGUGGAUAAAAAUACCAUAACAACACUUGGGUUUUCUGUCCCUCAAUUCUCCAGCAAUAUGAUGCAAUCUCAACUUCAGUGUCAACAAAAUGUUGGGCCUUGCACUAGUCUUUUGCUUAAUGAAAUCAUGAAUUAUGGAACCUUGUCAAAGAAAGACCAAGAUGAAGACAAGGCAUUGAAGAUAACGCAUCCACAACUUAGUUUCCCUCUCACUUCAACUCCUCCAACCACAACCAUUGCUCCUUCAAUCUCAACCGUUCCAUGUCCCAUCACUCAACUUCAAGGUGUUGGUGAGGUUGCAGGAGAUAGGGCAAAAUGUACAGUGUUCAUUAAUGGUGUUGAAUUUGAGGUUGUGAUGGGACCCUUCAACGUGCACCAAGCCUUUGGAGAUGAAGCCGUGCUUAUCCACUCUUCCGGCAAUCCUGUUCCUACCGAUAAGAGAGGCAUUACCCUUCACCCACUGCACCAUGGUGCUUAUUACUAUUUGGUUUAAGGAAGUGAACUUGGAGGAGGAAAGCAGGAUUUAAAUAUUAUAUAUAUAUAUAUAGGGUUUUAUAUAUUUUUGGUUUGUUUGGUCUCUUUGUUCUCUAUAUUAAAAUGUGACAGUGACUACUAGUUGAGCGUAAGUCUGAAAAUAUGGAAAUCAUGUUAUGG